AUGCCAACGCGACAGGACAAGAACGCGCUGCGCACCAUCCAGACUGCCGCUUGUCUCGUCAUAGGCGACGAAGUGUUGGGCGGCAAAACGGUUGAUACAAACUCGGCGUACGUGGCGAAAUGGUGCUUCUCGCUCGGAAUCAGCUUGAAACGGGUCGAGGUUAUCGAAGACGACGAGAGCGACAUCAUAGAGGCUGUCCGUCGUAUGAGCGACCGCUACGAUUUCGUAGUGACCAGCGGAGGAAUCGGUCCAACCCAUGACGACAUCACGUAUCAAUCUGUCGCCAAGGCCUUCGACCUGCCCCUGAAGCUGCAUCAGGAAGGGCUCGAGAAGAUGAAGAGGCUCUCUAGGCCGCACACGCUCACCCCGGACUUUGACUGGGAAACCGAUUCCCCCGCGCUGCGGGCCAAGCUCCGCAUGGUCAGACUGCCCACGGACGAAACGCGCAACUACAGCGACCAGUUUCUGUUUGUGUCGGAUAGCCUGUGGGUUCCUGUGUCGGUGGUCAACGGCAACGUCCAUAUUCUGCCUGGCGUGCCCUCGCUGUUCCGACAACUCCUCGACGGGUUGAAGCCUCACGUGCUGCCGAGACUUGUCGACCCGGGGGGCAAGGGGACGACCCGAGUCCUGAUAUCCACUCCGCUCCCGGAAAGCGCCGUUGCGGCUUACCUGACCGACCUCGCAGCCAGGGUUGCCUGCAAAGGAGUCAAGGUCGGCAGUUAUCCGCGGUGGGGCAAGAAGACCAACACUGUCUCGCUUGUUGGCAGGGAUCAGCAAUUCCUCGAGGGGCUAGUUGCCGAAGUGGAAGAGAAUGUGCAAGGGCGCCGAGUCGGACGCGAAGGUGAAGGUGAAGAUGAUUAA